CGACACGAACUGCGAACUGACACUGCGCCUCUUCAGCAUCUGCGUACCCAGCAUCCCAAGAUGUACAAUUACGGUGCUCCAGGAUACAACCGCCCGCCGGGCUACACUGGGGCUCCGCCUGGCAUGGCGCCGCCACCCGGAAUGGGUCCUCCGCCUGGGAGCGGCACCCCAAUCCCUCCCGGUGUAGCUCCGCCUGGUGUCCAAGGUAAUGCACCUCCGCAGCUCGGUGGCGCACGCCCUCUGCCAUCGAACUGGCAGCCUCCAGCUGGCAUGCCGAACAUCAAUUUCAGUGCCCCCGUAAUUCGCUUGGGAACAACGCAGCGCGGCGCGGCAGACAGCCUCACAGGGCGCCGAGAUACUCCAGCCACGCCUUCCCGUCGAGGGCUUGGAAUGGAUGGUCCAGAUUCUGGGGCUAGAAGGGAGGAGCAGAAAGGCCCUAUACACCCUCCAACGCGCGAAGAAAUCGCUCGCACUAUCUUCGUAGGAAACAUACCCGAAGGGGUUGGGGGCGACGAUGGGAUGGAGCGCAUUCUGGCGACGGCCGGGGAAUUGAAGAGGUGGAUCAGGGCCAAGGAUGCGAACGACAGGCCCCAGACGUUCGGCUUUGCCGAGUACGGCGACGCGCAAAGCCUGCGGACUGCGGCUGAGAUCUUUCAGGAUGUCCGAGUUCCUACCAAGCGGCAGAAGCCCGGACAAGUCCACAAGGACGGAGAUGAAGAGGUGGAGACGACCAAGUUGCAGGUCAUGGUUGAUGACGCCUCAGUCAAGUACGCCGAGGAGUGGACGAAGAACGAGGACGAGAAUACCGUCCAGUUCCGCAUAGACGCGGCAAAGGAGUCUCUAGCACAGGUCCUUUCGCAACUGUUCAACCCCCUGAAUAUGCCGCAGAUGGAUUACGUGGGAGACGCUAUGAUGCGAGAUGCGCCAAUGCAGGACGGCCCCGAUAUCGCAAUUGUUAAUAUCGAUAUUACUGCUGGCGAAGACGAGCUCGCCGAUAUUCCGGCUGAUAUGCGCGAGAUUGUCGCAGCCGAGAUUGCUGCUUUCCGAGACCGAUCGAACCGGCGGGACCAGGAACGCCUGCGGAGAGAAGAGGAGAUUGAAGCUGAGCAGCGUCGCCGUGAGGGUAGGCGCGUAUCGCCGCCCCCUUCGGCCCCCACUGGGCCCGGUGGUGCCAAUGGAGUUCCUCUUGGACCUAGGGCUGACAGAGGCAUUCAAGGUGCACCUAGCGGACCCAAGAGCUCACAGUUUCCUCGAGACUAUCAAGGGGGCGUCAAUUUCGUGAACGGGGGAUCUAUCAAUGGUGGAAUGUACAUCAAACGCGAAGAUGAUGACGACUCCGCGAGCGACUCAGAAAUUGAGCGACGCCGCAAGAAGAAGCAAGAUGCCGAACUGGAUGAGGUGUAUAAGAAACAGCUCGCUCGAUGGCUAAAGCACGAAAGCAGGAGCGUCUCCUCGCUUGAACGAACCCACGAUCGCAUGAAGCACAAGGAAGUUGAUCAGCAAGCCGCCCGUGAAGCACAGGCAGCUCAGCUCAAGACAUUCGAUGACGAUGCCGAAGCCUCACAGAAACGUCACCUGUACUACCGCGACCACGGAGAGUACAUGCGGGAACGCCAAAAGGUACGCGAGAGAGAAGAGAGGGAAGACCGCGUCGAUCGCGAGCAAGAACAGCGUGAAAUGGCCGCCAAGCAGAAACAGAAAGAUUACGCUCGCGACCAGGCCAAUGCAUUCCUCGACCAGCAGGCCGAAGAGCUUCUUCGGGCGCAAACGCCUCGCGAACCCCAGCACUUCAAGAUCUCUCUCGGCGCAGCCGCGAAGAAGCUCGAACAGACCGCUGCCCCUCGCCGUACAGCUGCAGACGUCGAAAACCUGCUCGAAGACGAGGAUAUCACCGAGCAGCCUGGCGCGAAGAAGCGAACGCUUAUCCCGAUUAAUUUCGAUACUACUAUCCGCGCCAACCUCACCCAAGAAGAAAUCGAGGAGGCGCAACGGCAGCUCGCACGAGAUAUCCCCGGCGACAAGGAGGGUUUGUGGAAAUGGCCCGUCUCGUGGGAUCACCUGCUUGACAAGCACAUCGAUAAAGAGAUCAAGGAUUGGGCCGCGAAUAAGGUGCUGGAUGUUCUUGGAUUGCAGGAAGAUCUGCUAGUGGAGGCUGUUGUUGAGCACCUGAGGAAACGCGGCGGUCCGCAGGAACUGGUGGAGAAUCUAGAAAUGGCACUUGACGAUGAGGCCGAAUCCCUAGUGAAGAGGCUCUGGCGCAUGGUCAUCUACUACAGCGAGUCGGAGAAGAGGGGCAUCAAAUAAGUGCUGAGUGUUCCAUUGCGGCAGGAUCAAAAAGCUGGAUGCGGGUUCACGGUCUCUUAGGGUUUCUCCGGUCUCCGCCUUAUACGAACGACAUCCGAUGUUGAUUAAACGGGGGUGAGUGUGUGAGAGGAUCUUCUCAAAAAAGUUAUUGAUGAGUCCUAGGAUCUUCGGAUCUUCAGGUUGUACUAUAGAGGCUCCUUGAGGAAGGGAUCGAGCAUCAUGGUAUCAGGUCUGUUCAUCUCCUCUGUGUCGCUAACACCGGGCGAGCACUUAGUUUUCCGUG